AUGGCAACUACCUACGCCCUCCCCGCCAGUAAUAGCCAUGCUGGGCAUGGACAUGGCCACUCGCACGGCAGGAAGUCUGCAACGGAGAGACUUCCUCUACAGCCUACAUCGACCAACGGAGGACUUCACGCCAACAGCGCAGCUAUCUCCUCCAACUUCCUCAAACCUCAGAUGCAACAUCAACCACACAAGUCAAUAGACGUCUUCUACGAUUCGAAUCAGCAAUCCUACAAAUCGAACCAACAGCGGCCAAACAGCUUGCAGCUUCCUACGCCCACCUCCUUCUCCACUCCUACAAUCGCCAGAUCUAAGAGCAUGGAGAGACGGAAGAGUGUAGGGCUCCCAACACACUUGCGCCUAGAAAGAAAUGGAUAUGGUUUUCCUCCUCCCAGCAGCCAGCAGUUCCCGAAAAUAGAUGAAGAAGUUGCAACAAGGUCAAAAUGGAUGACCCUCAGCGAGCUUCUCAAUUCGAUACUCGUGCCUCUACCAUAUGUCCUUGCCUCCCUAGCCUUCACAUCGCUCGUCGCCCCGCGAGGUUCUUUCGAUGGCCUACCUCUAUCAAGUUUCAAGGCCCCAAAGAUCCCAGUCUUGCUGGAGAUAAGCACUCUCACAUCCUUGACGCUCGUGCUUGUUGGUUUCAGAGGCAAGCUCGGAAUAAUGUCAGCGACGGGAUUGGAUAAGAGGAAGAAAUCUCUGACUGGGAUGGAAGAGGUGCAAAAGACUCAGUGGAUUCAUAUGGCUCGUAGGAUUGCCGCAAGGUUCCUGACCGUGGGGUUGCCAUUCUAUGCCACAUCAAAGCUUGGAGGCGCUCGUGUCUCUUUGGUCAUGCUCACAGCGCUGGCAUCGAAUAUCAUGACGGUUGAUGAGGGAACUACAGAUCUCACACGGGCGAAAGGCUGGAGUAGGCUGCUGACGCAACGACGGUGGACCCUGGCGUCAAUUCUCCUACAGCUCCUAUCAGAUCUCACAGGAUUCACCAAUUCUUCGGCGGCUGUUGAGAUUCUCCUGGGCUACAUCACUCUUGGUAUAACUGUCUUCGUUCUGCCACCUUGUUUUCUGUCCUCUAGGCCUAGGGUCUCUGUGGUUACCUCCACCGCUCCUGCAUCGGAAUCAAAAACUUCAGCAGUCCUUGCGACACCAUGGGAAAUACCCCCACAACUGGAAGACAGGUCUUCCAAAGUGCUUACAAUGUCGCCGAUGAUAUGUUCUCCGGAAGACGUCAACCUAACUUUCUAUAGUGGUAUUGUACUGGGAAUAUCGAGUGCCAUAUUUUUCGUCUUCUUUGGGCCAAGCGCUAGCACUGCGUCCGAACACCAGCUAGCCUGGACCUUGCUUUCUACAUUCGCAACGGCUCUUGCUUUGACAACGGUAGACCCAAGAAGCCUACGAAGCAACAAGAAAUUUGGCCCUGUUCUUGGGUCACUUCUAUCCUCCUUCGUCUUAAACAUGCUGUGCAGUGAGGCGUGGAGCUCGUUAGCUUAUCAGUGCUUUUUCAUUGGCAUUUCCUUCGCGGCUACGAAAUUUGAUACCCCUAAGGCGUUUUCUGUUCCAUCACGUGCAGACCACCAUCAUCACCAUCAGCCAACGAGGCUAAACAUUCCAGAGCACGCCCAGAUGUCAAGAUUCUCCGAGUUUGUGUUUCGGCAUAUACCCCAUUGGCCGUUGCUCCAUAGUAUCCUUGCUGAAAAAGAUUCUCGGCGGAUAUUCUACUUUAUGUGUCUGAACUUCGUUUUCAUGAUCGUUCAAACAUUUUAUGGAAUAAUGACCGGAUCCUUGGGUCUACUGAGCGAUAGUAUCCACAUGUUCUUCGACUGCUUAGCACUUGUGGUGGGUCUAUGCGCUGCAGUGAUGAGCAAAUGGCCCCCUAGCACCAGGUUCCCUUAUGGAUAUGGCAAGAUGGAUACCCUUGCUGGCUUCGCUAAUGGCAUUUUCUUGAUGCUCAUCAGCAUCGAGAUCGUCUACGAGGCACUUGAGAGAUUGGCUGGGGGCAACCAAAUUCAUAAUCUUGGAGAGCUACUGACUGUCAGCACCCUCGGCCUGCUAGUGAACAUUAUUGGCAUGACCGCCUUCGGCCACGCACAUCAUGGGCAUGGGCACUCGCACGGCGGACAUGACCAUUCAGAUCAUUCCAAUGAAGGUCACCAGCAUGAAGACGGCCAUCCACACCAUGAUCAUUCUCAUCAUGACCAUGCCCAUCACGAUCAAUCUCAUCCCGACCAUGCUCAUCACGAUCAUUCACAUCACGACCACACCCAUAACGAUCAUUGCCAUCACGAUCACUCCCCUCCAAGACACGAACACCCUUCUCACAGCGCUCAUGGCCAUGACCACCUACAUGAUCAUCUUCACACAGGGCCAACCCCGAGUCCCUCGCUCUACCCCUCUGUACCAUCAACUCCUUCCAAACCUCUUAAUCCGGUCUCCCAUGCUCACAGCCACGGUUCCCAUGGUCAUGGGCACCAUCAUCACGGCAACGAAAACAUGCACGGGAUAUUCUUGCACGUCAUGGCCGACACUCUCGGCUCCGUCGCCGUAGUCAUAUCCACCAUCCUUAUCCACUUCUACGGCUGGUCGGGCUUUGAUCCUCUGGCUUCUUGCCUCAUUGCUAUCCUCAUCUUCGCCUCCGCCAUCCCUCUUGUUACGUCUUCUGCCCGCACCCUUCUGUUGACCAUUCCGGAUGAUACCGAGUAUGAUUUACGAGAGGCUUUGGCAGGUUUGAGUAGUCUGAGAGGUGUCGUCGGCUACGCUGUACCCAAAUUCUGGCUAGAAGAGGGUGAGAAUCGGAAAGUUCUGGGAGUCAUUCACGUUAUUGCUGGCAAGGGCGCGGACUUGGAAGAUGUGAAGGAGAGAGCAAUUGCCUAUCUAAAGAGCAGGCACAUGGACGUAGUGGUCCAGGUGGAGCGAGAAGGGAGUGGCAGGUGUUGGUGUCAAGCUGUGAAGUGA